AGACGCUGAUCUAACAAGCAAAGCAUAAACCCAAAGCUAAAGAUUCGAAAAGCAGAAGCAAACCCAAAAGCAAAAGCCUUGGGACUGAGAUCGUUCAGAGUUCGUAGAGAUAAUUAGUACUGUCAAUAUUUGGGUGUCCUCAAAGAUUGGAGCUGCUACAUAGACUGGUCUAAGCCGGUCUCAUACUCAGUAGAGAAAGAUGGGUGCGUUGACUGCCCUUCCUCCUCUCUCAUCAAAGCUAAAACAGCUCUCUCUCUUUGAGCAACAAAUCUCUCUUUUUCCUUAUGGAAAGCCAACCAAGAAGAAGAACCUGUCUACUGUUCCUGUAGCAAGAUUGUUUGGACCGGCGAUCUUUGAAGCUUCGAAGCUGAAGGUACUGUUCUUGGGAGUGGAUGAAAGAAAGCACCCGGGGAACCUUCCAAGGACCUAUACGCUUACGCAUAGUGAUAUAACUUCUAAGCUCACUUUGGCCAUCUCGCAGACAAUAAACAACUGUCAAUUGCAAGGGUGGUACAACAGAUUACAGAGAGAUGAAGUGGUGGCAGAGUGGAAGAAAGUGAAGGGAAAGAUGUCUCUUCAUGUUCACUGUCAUAUAAGUGGAGGUCAUUUUCUCUUGGAUUUGUGUGCUAGGCUUAGGUACUUCAUCUUCAGCAAAGAACUCCCUGUGGUUCUGAAGGCCUUUUUCUAUGGAGACGGUAAUUUGUUCAAGCAGUAUCCGGAAUUACAGGAGUCUUUGGUUUGGGUUUACUUUCACUCAAACGUUUCAGAGUUCAACAAGGUGGAAUGCUGGGGCCCGAUCAAGGAGGCUGAAACACCAACCUAUGGCGUGCAAAAGGACAAGAUGCAGGCAACCCCGCCAAGCAACAAGAGCUUGCCCCAACCAUGCCAAGGAAAUUGCGAAUGUUGCUUUCCACCAAUGAGCUUGCUCACAUGGUCAGAAGAACCACCGCGAAUGAGUGAGAGUGAAAAUGAAAAUAGUUGUGGGACCCAACAUAACCGUGAGCGGUAGAUCCAACAAAUCUAAAGAUGAUCUGUCCCUUUUCUCAUUCAUUAACGUUUAUCGCAACAUAUUGAAAAUAUGCGCUCUAAUGUAAAUGAACGCGUGCCUCUUUAAAAUUGAGUAGCAUGGUUGUAAUCGGUUGGGUCUGUUUUGGACAUAUUGUUGAAUUAAAUCAGUCUAAAUCGGUUUUGGAAUGCUGAGAAUUGAAA